AUGAAACUCUUUUUACUAUUGUUUAUAAGUGCUUCCAUUUUAGUAUCUACUUAUGCAAGUGAAAAUCGAGGUGAAAAUACCAGUACAUCAUCGGUGGGUACAGUUCUUUACUCCCCAUCGGAUGUCGUGAAGCAGUGUUGGUCUCAGGACGAAAUCGCUAUCUUAAGUGCAAGAAUGAUACUAGAAGAUCUCCUGCCUGACGUGAAAAGCUUGCACUUAGAUUCUAAUGAAUAUGUGGACGAUUUGGUAGAUUAUUUUAAGCUAAUGGUUGAGACGGUCCGAUCAUGUACACAUGGAAGGAAAAGGCAUUUGACUCUGAUCGCCCUUACAGAUUUAAUUGGGGGCUACCUGAACCACGUAGCGCUCCCGAUAGCCAGAAAAGCAUACUAUGCCGGAGCGAUAGAUUAUUUCAGUAUGGAAAAGCUCAUUGAACUGUUUGAGGAGGUGAAAUGGUUCCUCAGAACAAAUGGUCAAGGAUGGGCCAAUCCAAUUGAAAAUGUACCCGAGAUGGAGAUAGAACCAGUAAGUGUGAACACAGAGUACAUGAAAAAUUCAAACCACAGCUUUUGUAACAGGCUCAUUUACUUCGUACAUGGUCAAGCUCAGGCAUGUCCUACACCUAUUGCUGCUUCACCAGAGGUUAUCAUGCCUUUACCGUAUUUUGACGCCAAGAUAUAUCCAUCUUCGAUUGCUCUGCCAUUCAGAAGAUAUGCUCUAAGGAAUAUCGAGUCAAGAAAGGCAUCGUAUGGGGUACUGAAGUUUUAUAUUUUGGCUACUAGAUGCUUGCAUGAGUUAAAUGCCUCACCAAGUAGUGUCAAGAGGUUCCAGAAUGAAUUCUACUCCUGGAUAGAACGACAAGUAGUCCCCAAACUUGGUGACAACAAGUUUUACUCAGCCUUCGGAGCAAUUCUUAGGGUUGAAGAAACUUUGAAGGGUAAUGGUGGAACAUUGGUAGAAACCACAACUAAAUGCGAAGAAAUAGAAGAAGAGGUGAAACCUAAUGAAGAACACCACUCGAAGAACACUACUCUUGUCAUGGCUAUUAUGCUGAUUGUAAUCUUUGUAUGGUUCAUCCUCGGAACUUUGUUUAUCUGCUGUAGAAUGAGAAGACAAGCCAAAGAUAAAAAAUCUGAGGAAGAUCAGAAGAAAAAGAAAGGUAAAUGCUUCACUUCAGGUGACUCUUCAAGCGGAAAAUGGUCAUACUUUUCCAAGUCAACUAACAGAACAGAAAAAUCUGCUGGAAGGUCGCAAUCUGGUUAUACCAGUACCGGUACAAGCAGCAAGACUGAUAAGGCGGAUAAGAGUGAUAGGCACAGGGGUGCCUGCAGGAAACUUCGUUUUUUUUGCUCUAGCUCAGCCAGUAGCGAGUCAGAUAGACGAGGAACCGAAGUACGCAAAGUACCCAAAGGGCCCGUAGAAAACAGGAGAUGUUGUCUACCACCUGGGAUGUCACUACCACCUGGGUACUACAAUACUAGUAACCCAGCAGUGAUAGACACGAAACAUUCAGUGAAAGUUUUAGCUUCAAUCGCCGAACUGUCUGAAAACUCAUCACAUGUCAGGAAAGAGGUUUCAGUUGUACCUUGCCCGAAGUAUACCAAUAUUGCUUCAAGCAAUAUCAGCAAAAGUAACGACCGGGGGAAAGGAAGAGACUUUGGAGCACAAAUAUCAUCUGAACGAAUGGAGAACGUAGACGUUGAAUGCUGGUGUGAAGCUAUGAAAACCAAAAACAAAAAACAUUCAGUUGCAGUAAAACAGUCCGUUGAAGAAUCAGCACCAGUAAUAUUCUCAGAACCAUCGGCAACGUCUCAUACGUCCAAUGCGUCUCACAGAUCUCAACAUGAUUCUAAUGUUGAAGAAACAGAUACUAAUCCAGGAUCUCUUAAUGUAGUAGAGUCAGUCCACACACAUGUUGAGGAAACCACAGAUGAGACCAAUAUGACGGGAGCCUUCUCAAUGCUUACACCUGGCUCUCCGCAUUAUGACGCAUGCCAUUCAAGCCUUACUGGGGAGUUUAGCAUGUCCAGAGAGGGCAAGAAGCCGUUCGGAUAUGAUUUCGACACGUCAUCGUCUGAGGAGGCAGAUGAUACAUAA